AUGACCAAAGACGAGGAAAAGUCCUCUGUCGGCGAGGUUCCCGGCCCCGAAGCUGCCACUCUCGACUCCCUCCCCAAAACCCGCUGGGAGCGCAGCUGGCCGACGAUUGCCUGCGGGGCCGGUCUCUUCUCCGACGGUUACCUCAAUGGCGUCAUCGGCUCCGUCAACACCAUGCUCGGCAUGAUCUACGCCGACGCAUACACCAAUUCCUCCGCCAGCCAAAACGUCUCCUCGAUCGCAUUCGCGGGGACCGUCGUCGGGAUGCUCUUCUUCGGCGUGCUCGCCGACCACUGGUCACGCAAGGGCGCCCUCCUAACAUCAACUCUACUGCUCAUCCUCUUCGCGAUCCUCUGCACGGGCGCAUACGGGUACCAGGGCAGCCAAUACGGCCUCUUCGCCGCCCUCGCCGCAUACCGCUUCUUCCUGGGGAUCGGAAUCGGCGGCGAGUACCCCGCGGGAUCGGUUUCUGCUGCGGAGAGUACGGGCGAGUUGAAGCGGGGGCAUCGCAAUCGGUGGUUCAUCAUGUUUACGAAUCUGCAGAUCGACUUUGGGUUUGUCGUUUCGGCGUUUACGCCCAUGAUUUUGGUUCUUAUUUUUACCGAAAAUCAUCUGCGCGCUGCGUGGAGGGUUGCGCUGGGGUUGGGCAUUAUCCCUCCGCUGAGCCUGCUGUACUUGCGACUGAAACUGAAUGAGCCAGAGGAGUUUAAUCGCGAGCGGAUGCACAAGUUUCCGGUUUGGUUGAUUAUCAAAUUCUACUGGAAGCGCCUGGCCGUCGUCUCCCUCAUCUGGUUCGUCUACGACUUCUCCGCCUACUCCUUUAGCAUCUACUCCUCGGCCUGGAUCUCCAUCCUGCUCGGCGACAGCUAUCCGCUGUGGAAGAGCUUUGGCUGGAACACGGUCGUCAAUCUGUUCUACAUCCCCGGAUCGGUCGCCGGUGCGUUCGCCAGUGACUGGCUGGGUCCGCGCAAAACACUCGCCAUCGGAGUUGGUCUCCAGGGUGUCAUUGGGUUCAUCAUGGCCGGGUGCUACAAGUACCUGAAUACGCCCGAGAAUGUUGCUGCUUUUGUGGUUGUUUAUGGUAUCUUCCUCGCAAUGGGCGAAUUCGGCCCCGGCGACAACAUCGGCCUGUGCGCCGCAAAAUCCAGCGCAACCUGCAUCCGCGGGCAAUACUACGGGCUCGCCGCGGCAAUGGGCAAAAUCGGCGCAUUCGUCGGGACGUACAUCUUCCCAAUCAUCCAGGACAACGCGCCCAACGAGACCCGGCGCGGACAGGACCCGUUCUUUGUGUCAAGCGCGCUGUGUAUCUUUAGUGCGGCGCUGGCGGUUUUCUGUUUACCGCAUAUCGGGCAGGAUACGAUUACGGAGGAGGAUAGGAAGUUUCGGGCUUAUCUCGAGGAGAAUGGGUUUGACACGGGGACGAUGGGGAGGGUUGGAAGGGGUGUUGAGGCGGAGCGGGAGUCUUGA